CCCUGCGCUCGUUCCCGACGGCGGGCGCUCCGCUCCGGCCCGCCCAGCACCGGAGAGUAGGCGCCGGGCUCCGGCGUGCUCUGCUGCCGCCACCGCCUCCGUCGCAGAAGAAGGAUGGAGGCAGGCAAGGAGCCCCAGAUGACCACCGGGGGAAAGCCCAGCGAAUCUGAGUCGGCAGUGUCCUUCCAGGCCCGGCUGUGGAAGAACCUGCAGCUGGGGGGUAAGGGCCGGAGCGGCGGCGGGCGGGCAGGAACCGAGCGCCGCACUGCGGAGCCCCCCGCACCGCCGCCGACCAGCGGCAAGGGGGACCUGCCGCCCGGCGCAAAGUGGAGCGGCUUCAAGCGGCGGCGGCAAGUGCUGGACCGCGUCUUUUCGUCCUCCCAACCCAAUCUCUGCUGCUCGGCCGCUGAGCCGCUAGAGCCGGACGGCGAGUCCGGCUCCCCCCUGCGCCGCCUGCGGGAGCACCUGCUUCCCCAGGGCAAGGGGCCGCCACCCGGCUGCCGGCUAGUGCCGGUCGCCGGCGAUGAGGGGCAGGCGAGCGGGAAGGAGGGGCGCCGGCCUGGGGCGCACCUGUCCCACCAGAAGAGCUCUUCGUUGCCCAGCACCGCUUGCCUGGAGCAGCUGCUGCAGGGCUCGCCCACUGUCGGCAGGAGACAGGAGCAGCGGGCGGAGGACAGCGACGGUGGCGCGAGAACAAAUUUGGUUGGAAGAAGUAAUGCAGAUUUUCCCUCUGGGGACCCUGGAAUGUACCAGUUGGAUGUUACUCUAAGAAGAGGACAAAAUCUAGCUGCCCGGGACCGUGGUGGAACCAGUGAUCCAUAUGUCAAGUUCAAACUUGGAGGAAAAGAAGUAUUUAGAAGUAAAACAGUACACAAGAACCUCAAUCCUGUGUGGGAAGAAAAAACUUGCAUUCUUAUAGAUAACCCAAGAGAACCAUUGUAUAUAAAGGUAUUUGACUAUGACUUCGGACUUCAAGAUGACUUCAUUGGUUCAGCAUUUUUGGAUCUCACGUCGUUGGAAUUAAACAGGCAGACAGAUGUUACCUUGAGUCUGAAGGAUCCUCAUUACCCUGACCAUGAUCUGGGAAGUAUAUUCUUGUCGGUUCUGUUGGCUCCAGGAGAACAGCGAGAACCGACAAUGCUAAUGAGGAAGAGUUGGAAAAGAUCAAGUAAGUUUCAGACCCAGAGCUUACGUCUCUCAGACCUGCACAGAAAGUCUCAGCUAUGGAGAGGAAUAGUUAGUGUUACCUUAAUAGAAGGUCGUGAGCUUAAGGCGAUGGAUGCAAAUGGACUAAGUGAUCCGUAUGUGAAGUUCCGACUUGGGCAUCAGAAGUACAAAAGCAAGAUUGUGCCAAAAACUUUGAAUCCUCAGUGGAGGGAGCAGUUUGACUUUCAUCUCUAUGAAGAACGAGGUGGAAUUAUUGAUAUUACAGUGUGGGACAAAGAUGCUGGCAAAAAGGAUGAUUUUAUUGGCAGAUGCCAGGUUGACCUGUCGACCCUGAGUAAAGAACAAACCCACAAGCUGGAGAUACCACUAGAGGAGGGAGAGGGAUACCUGGUGUUGCUGGUCACUCUCACAGCCUCAGCUGCAGUCACCAUAUCUGACCUCUCCGUUAACUCCCUGGAGGACCAGAAGGAGCGAGAGGAGAUACUGAAGAGAUAUAGUCCAAUGAUGAUGUUCCAUAACAUCAGCGAUGUGGGAUUUCUUCAGGUGAAGGUCAUCAGGGCAGAGGCAUUGAUGGCAGCUGAUGUCACAGGUAAAAGUGACCCAUUUUGUGUAGUUGAAUUGAACAAUGACAGAUUGCUGACACAUACCAUCUACAAGAACCUCAAUCCAGAAUGGAACAAAAUCUUCACAUUUAAUAUAAAAGAUAUCCACUCGGUGCUUGAAGUGACAGUUUACGAUGAAGACCGCGAUCGAAGUGCUGACUUUCUAGGCAAAGUUGCUAUACCACUGCUGUCUAUUCAAAAUGGUGAACAGAAAGCCUACGUCUUGAAAAACAAGCAGCUGACAGGGCCAACAAAGGGGGUCAUCUAUCUUGAAAUAGAUGUGAUUUUUAAUGCUGUGAAAGCCAGCAUAAGAACCUUAAUGCCUAAAGAACAGAAGUAUAUUGAAGAGGAAGACAGACUGUCUAAACAGCUACUAUUAAGGAACUUUAUCCGGAUGAAGCAUUGUAUCAUGGCGCUCGUAACUGCCAUCUGCUACAUUAGCAGUUGCUUUGACUGGGAUUCUCCCCCGAGAAGUCUAGCUGCUUUUUUGCUUUUUCUUUUUGUGGUCUGGAACUUUGAGCUCUACAUGAUACCACUGGCUUUGUUGUUGCUGCUGGCAUGGAACUACUUCUUGAUCGUAUCAGGGAAAGAUAAUAGGCAACAUAAUACAAUGCAGAGGUUUUCUUCAGUGUGCAAAUGUGGUGGCUGUGCUUCCAUCUGGGGACCUAGUGUAGUGGAGGACAUGCUAGAGGACGAGGAAGAAGAGGAUGACAGAGAUGACAAGGAAGGUGAAAAAAAAGGAUUUAUGAAUAGACUUUAUGCCAUCCAGGAGGUGUGUGUCACUGUUCAGAAUAUCCUUGAUGAAAUUGCUUCAUUUGGUGAAAGGAUCAAGAAUACAUUCAACUGGACUGUCCCAUUCCUUAGCUGGCUGGCGAUUGUUGCCCUCUCUGUGUUCACUGUCAUCCUGUAUUUUGUUCCACUGAGAUACAUUGUUCUUGUCUGGGGCAUCAAUAAAUUUACAAAGAAGAUUCGAAAUCCAUAUGCAGUUGAUAACAACGAGCUACUCGACUUUCUAUCCAGAGUUCCUUCAGAUGUUCAAGUGAUGCAAUACCAUGAACUGAAACAAGAUCCCAGUCACAGCCCCAGCAAGAGGAAGAAAAACAACCCUGCCUAGCCAACUUCAUGUGUUGAGGAGGCUAGCAUCUGCCAGGGGAGAAUAAAAGAGCAAGCCUAGGCAGCGUUUCCUUUCCCUAAGCUUUUUAUUUAUUUUGCCUUUUUAUCUAGUGAGGAGAUUUUGUAAAUAGUGUAAAAAGGUGUUUCUCAUUGAAGAUAUCUUUCUCACUGUAAAGACAUUUGUUUUAAGUAGGGUUUUUGCCAUUCGAAAGCCUGGUUAGAAACAGCAUAAUGCAUUAAAGGAGUCAACCUAAAGUGGUAAAUAUGCACUGCUACUUGGUAGUCAAAGAUACAUGAAAUACUCAAAUCAUGGUGACUAAACCUACAAAAGGUGUGAAUUUAAAUCUUACUCAAAAAUUUGUCAGUAUCAUCCAGUAAGUCACCAUUACAAUGGUGACAUUACUAUGUUUUAUACAUUUAAUGAGAAAUACGAUGCGGUGGAGCCUACUGCACUUAAGUUUUAGCAGAUUUUUUAGUUCUCAGACCUUGAUGUUAACUUCUGGUGCAACAUUUUCCUGUGCAGGUGGGCUGCUUAUAAGAUAAUGAGAAACACCAAGUGCAAAUCUCUUUCUGGAGCUCCCAAAAGCAGUUCCUGAUGUCUUUAUCAUUCCAUUGUAAGAUUUAAAAAUCUCCAUCUCUCUCAAAAUACUGCCAGGUUUGUAACUGAUUGCCUGUCUGAUUUUUCUGUAUGUACCAGUAAUCUUCAUUUGUACUACAUAGUUUGGUGAAUAAAGUCCAUAGUUUUGCUGUAAUUUUAAAUAGUAUAAAACUAACUCCAUAUUGCUUUUGGUGUCAUGCUAUGAACACUUUUUGUGCACAUAACUAUUUUAAUAUGGAAAUGUUGCAGAAAUUCUUUUUUUCAAAUCACAAGAUCAUAUUAAUAUGCUUUACCAAGCUGAAAUAUAGCGUAGAGGAAAAAAAUGCAGUUGUGGUAAAACUGUUUUAUUUUCUUAGCUAUUAAUGUCAGUUCUUCUGAUACAAUCUUUAUCUACUGCAUGGAAACUGCAUUAUCUUAUAACUUACAUGGAACAUAGAUGAGAAACGUUUACAUUUCAAAUGUUUUAGUGGCCACUGUAUAAUGAGUACUUGGGGAUAUAUUCUGGUAGCUGCAUGCAGACUACGUAGUGAGCAGAGACUCAUUCCUGAGGGACUACCUGUACACAGCUCCUCAUCGUAGCUCCCGGUGACAUUAAAGGGGAUUUUUGCCCAGGGGAGAGCGGCAGGACUGCAUCCUCGAGGAGAGCUGUGGUCCUCUCUGGAUUACCUCUCAUUGGUUGCAAUUGCAGAUAAAGUUAUAUUGCACUACUCUAACAAUACUUUUUGAAAAGACUAUUUAGAAAUACUGUGCAAGCACAUGUUUAUAUAUAUUUGUCUAAAGAAUUAUAUGUUAGCUGCAUUGCUCAUGAAAGAUCGUCCUGGAUUUGUUUAUUUUGCAGAUAAGAUGAUAGCCAAGUUCUGAUGUGACAGUAAUUUUGUUCUUUCUGUUUGUAUAUUUGAAAGAAUGCCAGUCAAAUGACUAUUCUGCAGAAAGUCUUGUCCUUGUUACAUCAUGACUUUAAAAGAGUUCUGGCUGUGUGAUGCCUGAAGACCAACAUACUAUUGAUGAAAUGAGAAUCACUGAUUAGCUUAUUUUGUUUUAAAAAAGCCAAAUUUUUGACUCAGCAAUUAUGCGAAUGUUUGUUGCCUGUUGUCAGUUUCAUGCAGUUCUUUAAUACACUGCAAGCCUUGUACCUUCUUAAUGUUGCCCACCUGUCUGCGUGUGAUUUCCUGUUGUUGUCUUUUUUCUGUACCCAAUUUCAAAUGUCUACUUCGAUGGUAAUGUACGAGUUAGCUAUGCACAUUUCCUGCAUUAAACACACCUUUAACGUCACUCUUUUCUAUUACGAAGCCUCUGUCUUUGAAAUCCUAUGCUAUCAUUUUUCCCUGAUUGGUGCGACAUGGAAGUGUCAAGGAAAGCAUCAUAUUUCUGUGUGCAGCAUUUCAGUAUUUUAAGCUCCAUAAUGUGCAGGUGGAGGGGGCAGGGAGAGAAAGACAUCUGUUUGUUGAAGACUGGUCAAUUCCUCUUAAAUGCCUCAGACACUCGAAAUUGAUCUCACUGAAAAUAUAACGCACAGAGGUAAGGCUAAGAAUGCAUAUGUAUUAAAUACAAUUCUCCUGCCACAGCAAGACAAUUUAAAAUCACAAUUUAAAAUAGUUUGUGAGUGAACCUGUUUUCACUAUUUGUAGUUUCUCUACUCUGCUUUUUGUGGGUGGCCUCUUUAAUGAACCAGUCCCACUUUACGCCAUAAAUAUUUUAACAUACCUUCCUUUUCCAGAUUGGUUCUGAAGUCCAUUUCUAACCUGUUAGAUUUACCAGGCUUUAUUCUGAAAGCAACUUGUCUGUUCUAAACAGUCAUGAAAUUAAAAGGCAUCGCACAAUCAUGAAACUCUUUCAGAAAAUAAAAUUUAAUGACUUUAUUUGGGUCCGUGGAAAAUUAUUAGCUUAAUUGGGGUCCACACUUAUAGCAGGUGUCAGAGCAUUCAGGAUCCACCAAGGUUGAUUGUCUGAGAGGCUUUAGUUACAGUUCUGAUGGUAAUUCAUAGUACAGAGGUUACUUACAGAGGUUUUUAUAGUUGUUUCUCGUUGUAGUGAGGAAUGCCUAAUAGCAAUGAGCUUUAACUGGGAGAGCUGUGUACUGUGACUUAGUAUUUUAAAUCCAAGUGCAAUAAACCCCAAGAUGUUUUUCUAUUGCAAUUAAACCAGCGGUGGAAUAAUGAAAAAGCGAUUAAGCAACCUUCAUACAGUCUAUCAGCUAAUGUGGUCCCUGACAGCAUAAGCUCUACUGACAAGAGGAAGAACUGCUGGCCCCUCCUGCCUUUUCUCCACCUUGGCCUGCAUUCUCUAGGUGACCAAACUUGUAUUCUCCAUUUCCUGGUCACCACUAUACUAUCAAUUAAACCUCAACUGGAAACUGUUUGCUUUGUCAUCCUCUCCUGCUUUUUCUCCUACUUUUAUUUUUUAUGGACUUCUUUUCCUUAUCCACAUUCUUUGACUAAUUCACCUUCUUAUAGAUGUAACUCCCUUGACAGUUUGAUCACAAACCUUCAGCUGCUGGUUUUGUGUCAGCACUUCAGUUUCCCUCUGCAGUUUCAAUGUUUGGUUUCUCACUGCUGCAUUAAAGGAGUCAUCCAUACUUGUCUUCCAUCAGCUCUGCUUUUCUUGGACCUGCAGUGAGUCCCAUCCAGACCAACCUCAUCAUGGUACUCCACGUUCAAACUUUGUUGGAUUCUCACUCCCUGGUGGUGAUAUAUUUUGAAGUUGUUCCCUGUGAUAGAGCAGAAAAGAAGAGUAAAGAAAUUGCAAUCUAAUUUUAGCGGAAGGAAAUAUCAUCUGAAAGUUGUAUAACUAUUUCUGCAAUAUACAUGGAUCUUGCUGUUGGCUACUGGCUUUUGAAAUAUCUGAGCUUAUGUUUUGCUCUGCUCCAGUUGAAGGAUUUGGACCUCUGUGUGAUUUACAUGAAAUCAUAAAGGGCAUUUGAUCUGGGGGGAAACCAAUUAACAUAAAGGCAUACCAAAACAUAAAACCUGUAGUUUAUUAAGUUUGUGUUUAAAAUUGGCAAAAGUAACAAGCAUGGGUUGCUUGGGACCCAGGGGGAUUACUCUAAUGAAUUCUCCAUCAUAGAAAAUGAUUGCACAGUUUUCACUGUGCAAUUUACUGUUCUUUGUAAAAUCCUAUGCUUCAUAAUUAAUUACAGCACUAUGAUUUUUGCAGUUUGGCUUUUUUCUCUACAGAUUAAUGUGUAGGCUGCACUUUGAGCAGACAUUUUCACAACAAAGAGUGGCAUUUGAAAAAGAAAUUAAUUUUUGAAGUAGUUGACAAUUGACAUCACUUGGUGAAGAUGCCAAAUGUCAGGAAGUUUAAAGCCAGGGUUUGUGUUUAUCUUUUGAUUUAAGUUGUGAUAAAGUGAAAGGAGAGUCACAAACAGUUGCAGAUGGAGAGAGUGUGCUGUCCUGGAGCCACCAACACUGUGCAUUGCUGACAGUAACUGAGACAGUCAUGCUUGUAACAGAGGAGACAUGAGAUACACCUUCUGUGAAGAGCUUUAGAGAGCUUUAGAGAGCAUCUGCCCAGCUGCCCUGUCUCAAGCGGUUGCAUUAGUUCAUCAUUUUUGUGAGUGCUAAUUUAAAUGACCAGUGUAUAAUAGAAAAAUGAAUAAUGGUGCAAGGGAAGGAGGGAGUUUCUUGGGUUUUCUCCAUCUCAACCUGAAUGUUAAAACCCUCUUUCUGGUCUCGGUACACAGUUGAGGAAAUGUGACAUCACUGCAUCUAAUUGAGAAAUCUUGAGUUUUUAGAAACCCUAGUUCCUAUACUGAGAGUUCAGUCCAUUUGCACAGAGUAUGCUUCCAGGGCUAAUGCUAGACAGUAGCCAUUCCCCUUAAAUCGUGCAUGCAUGCAGCAGGACAAGUCCAUGUAUCUCAAAUCCUCUAAUCUCCUCAAUGAGAAACCUGAAAAACCUGAUGUUAUUUUCAAAUAAUGUGGUUUAAGUCUAAUUUCUCACUCCCUACAUUGGAAAGGAAGUGCAGCUGACAACUUCUCUCUUAAUUUCUGCCCUGUUCAGCCUGCUGCCAAAGGCAGAGGUUCAGCAACAGAAUGGAGAACUACAGGCCUCAGCUAUGUGUGGACUCCAUAUAAUAGGCUGCUAUUAUAUGAGAAAAUAAAUUUUCAAUCUUAAUCCAGAACCAGAGGACACAGAUCAGGUGGACAAGUAGUUUUGUAAGGCCUGUGAUGCUAAAAUGGAGAGACUUUGAUGCAUGGGCUAUUUGAUGGAUAAGGAAUUGGCUGGACUGCUGCAUCCAAAGUGUUGCAGUCAAGAAACAGCUUAGUGUUGAAAUGGAGAUCAGUAAUAAGUGGUGUGAUUUAAGGGUCUGUCCUGGGACCAAUACUAUUUAAUAUUGACAUCAAUGACAUAGUAGGAUCAAGUGUACUCUCAGUAUAGCAAAUGACACCAAGCUGAGUCAUGGAGUUGAUUUGCUGUAGGGAAGGGAUGUAUAUCAGGUCUUCAAAAAUCAAAUGUCUUUUGAGUGAUGGAAGAAGGAGAAGGCUUAAAAACUUGCAUAGUUUAUGUUCAGAGUAGAACUGAAAGCAUCCUACCACCCAAACCCACACCUAAAGCAUUACAAGGAGUCAGGCAGAUGUCAUCAAGGCUUCCAUACUUUGCACUCAUCAAAGGUAACAGAUGAGAAAGCCAAUCUUGUGUUGUAGCUUUUCUAAAAUGAAGACUGUGUUUCUAUAAGAACUGAUAGAAUACCUUCAAUUUCUCAUAAACUGUAAAAGCGUUUUGGGGUCAUCUUCCUACCUCAGAAAAAAGUUUUACUCUGCUAAUAGAGGCAGUAGCUGAGAGGGAUGUUGCUAAAGCCUUGAACACUCCACAAGAGUUGACCUCUACCUGCAGGACGCAGAGGUCAGCUUCAGUAAGGCUGCUGGAGGGCAGGUGCAGACAUGCAGAGUUGUGAUGGUGACAGCCACAACUCAGAUGACAUGAAGCUGACCCAGCUGCAGCUCCCUAAUUUCGGUGUAGUGAGCAUGGCACUUGCCCUAGACAGGAGCCUGUGGUUUCACUUUCUGUUUAGUCUGAGUGGACCCAAACCCAUGACAUAUAGUUUUUAAGAGAAUGCUGUGGUAGACAUGAGGCUAUUCAGAUGAAGGGAAAGGGAUGGCUACUCUAAUUAAUUAGAGUAUCGAUCCUCUUGGAGCUGGAGCUCAGUGCAGAAAAGGAUUCAGGACUGACAUACAAGAUACGAAAGAGGCAGUGGGCAACAGAAAAAAUUAGAAAUAAAACUAGCAAAAAUUUAUGCAAUUUUCAGGAAGGCAUCAUAGAAACAAGAGUGUACAUGUGCUCCCCUGCAGGAGAAAAGAAAACAAAUGCCUCCUUGCCCCUUUGAAGAUACCCUGGCCUGUAGAGGUUUCUGGGGAAGGGUACAGUUUUGAAAGAUAAGCACCAUCCUCAUCCUGCUUUGUAGGGACCUAUCUCCCCCUGAGUCACUAGACAGAAGCCUAGAGGGGACCGGAAAGUUUUUCCUUGGAUCUGACACUUGCUAGCAACUCAUGUUAUUCGUCUGUUAUUUACAAGCCUUUACUUCACAAUAAUGCACAGGGUAAAAAACCCAAAAUUUGUUCUUAAAUUUUUAAAAGGGAAAUAUUUGAAACAGAACCUACUUGCCUAUUUGUAGUCUGUCAUUCAAAGUAAGUGUUUUUGCUCUUUCCCUUCAGACAGACCAUGAUGGCCCCUUCUAGCAGACCCACCGAGUGUUGUUUCAUUGAUGGCUAGCAGUCACUAUAGGUAAAUGAAAUAAUACCAUAUGAAAGCUUUGUGUCCUAAACCUGAUACUGCUGUGGCACAUGCAUGUGAAAGGAUUUUUUUUUUAUUUGUGGAGAAACAAAGCAAAACCAAAAAACACCCUGUCCUGGUUUCAGCCAGGACAGGGUUAAUUUUUGCAGUAGCCAGGAGAGGGUGUUGCUAGGACACAGAGGUUAUUCUAUACCACCUCAUGUCCCACCUCUGAAGGCGGGGGAAAGGGACUCUUCCAGGGAGCAAGGGUUCCUUGCCAUCAAAAAAAUGUGAUUGAGGGAGCUGUCUGGUAUUGUCUAUUAUCAGGAUGAGUUCCAUGUGAAUAAUUUUUUUUUGUACCCUCUGUGAUUGCUAGUGUUGCUGCUACUGUACAUUUUUUCUUAUCUCCUUGCUGUUUCCAGUAAAUCGUUCUUAUCUCAGCCUGUAA